AUGCCUUUUUCAACCACUUCCCAAACCAGCUCUGCGCAGGCGCAUCUGGGAAAAGGAGAUGAUAUCGGUGAAGAACUCAUGAUACAGUCAAGGGAAACUGGUGAGGUUAUACCGCAAGAUAACGACAGGAACAGCCAGGCGAAGCCUUUUGCCCACUUUGUCGCUGGAGGCAUUGGUGGAAUGACAGCUGCUACGCUUACCUCCCCUCUCGAUGUCUUGAAAACUCGACUACAAUCCGACUUCUACCAAGCUCAGCUCAAGUCCCUUCGCGCCGCUCACCCGUUGCCACCAUCCCAUUCGAUCGCUACACUUCCUCGAAUCGCUUUGCUGCAUUUCCAGGAAACGUUCCAGAUCCUGCGCUCGAUACAUGUUCACGAGGGCUGGCGCGCCUUGUUCAAGGGUCUGGGACCUAAUUUGAUUGGAGUGGUUCCGGCCCGUGCCAUCAAUUUCUACGUCUACGGAAACGGGAAGCGAAUACUGAGCGAUUACUUCAACUAUCGAGAUGCCAGGGAAACACCUGUUGGCAUUCAUCUGGCAGCGGCCGCCGUCGCUGGCAUUGCCACCGGAACAGCAACCAACCCCAUCUGGCUGGUGAAGACACGCUUGCAGCUGGACAAGUCGAACGCUGAGCACGGCAAGGGCCGCCAAUAUAAGAACAGCUGGGACUGCAUCAAGCAGACUGUGCGCCAUGAGGGCAUUCGCGGCCUGUACAAGGGCCUUUCGGCGUCCUACCUGGGAGUGACCGAGUCGACUCUGCAGUGGGUGAUGUAUGAGCAGAUGAAGAUGCACCUGGCGCGCAGGGAGGCGGUGAAACGUGCUGAUCCCAACCACAUCUACAAUUUCUGGGAUGAUGUGGAGUUGUGGGGUGGCCGAAUUUGCGCUGCUGGUUUGGCGAAGUUGAUUGCUGCGGCUGCCACUUACCCACAUGAAGUCGUGCGAACGAGGCUGAGGCAGGCGCCCACUGUGUCCGCCGGGGAUGGCAAGGUCCAGAUGAAGUACACGGGCCUGGUGCAGUGCUUCAAGACUGUGGCGAAGGAGGAAGGUAUGGUUGGAUUGUAUGGCGGUCUUACACCGCACUUGUUGCGAGUUGUUCCGUCGGCCGCCAUUAUGUUCGGAAUGUACGAGGUGAUCCUGCGCCUCUUUGGAACGACGUCAUAA